AUGGCAGAAAUUCCUUCCGGGUUACCUCUUCAGAGGCAGGCAUCGAUGGCGGCACCACCACCGGUCGUGAGGAAGACGAGGACGGCCAGGCGCCGGAGAAUGGAAGUCAGGCGUUUCAAGGUCGAAACGCCGGAAGCUGGGUCCGUCCAAGGAGCUGAGGAUUCGCCGCUGUUUGGUAAGAUAUCGGACUGUGGAAGGAGGAAUGACAUGGAAGAUUAUGUGGCGUUGUAUCCUGGUUUGAUCCAGACAGAUGCUGAAGAAACCAAACCAUUCCACUAUUUCGCUGUCUACGACGGCCAUGGAUGCACUCAUGUGUCGAAGAGGUGCAGAGAUCGAUUUCACUUGCUGGUGAAGGAAGAGCUGGAGACUAAAGGAUGGAAGGAUGAAUGGGUGAAGGCUAUGGAGAAGAGCUUCUUCCGCAUGGAUGAAGAAGCGGUUGCAUGGGUCACGAAUGUUCUCGCAGAUAGAAACUGUCGCUGCGGUCUAAAGGUUCCUGACUGUUACGCCGUCGGUUCAACCGCUGUUGUGGCGAUCCUCACUGCAGACAAGAUCGUCAUCGCUAAUUGCGGAGAUUCCAGAGCCGUCCUCUGCCGUGACGGCAGGGCCGUAGCUCUCUCCAUCGAUCAAAAGCCGGAUCGUCCUGAUGAGCUGAACCGUAUCGAAUCUAUCGGAGGGAGAGUCAUACACUGGGGAGGCGCUAGGGUUUUUGGUGUUCUGGCUAUGUCAAGAGCUAUUGGUGAUCCCUAUCUGAAACCGUAUGUCACCUGUGACCCGGAGAUAACUAUAACUGAGCGGGAUGAAACCGAUGAUUUUCUGAUUUUGGCGUCCGAUGGUCUGUGGGACGUGAUAUCCAACGAGAAGGCUUGUGCAAUUGUAAGGAGGUGUAUGCGAGGAAAGUUUCCGAAGACGGCGGCUGCGAUGGAAGGAGAUUUAUCGUUGUUGUUGUCGGAAGAGGGCAACCUGAACAAGGAUUUCACGUUUGCGUCUAUGGUGUUGGCCAAGCUGGCUAUGGAACGGGGAAGCGAAGAUAACGUCAGCGUGGUGGUGAUAGAUCUCAAAGGAGGGGACCGCAUCAACAACAUACGAGGAGAAGACAAGGAGGAGUGA